UCUCCAUGAAACCCGUUUUCUCUUCUUCUUUUCACCCACUCUUUUACCCUCCUCUUCCCCCCCUCCGCCGUCCCAGGUGGCCCCGGAUGAACUUCUCCGCCACCUACCACCACCACUACUCCGAUCAAAACAAGACCAAGCUCGUUGUCAUCAUGGGCGCCACCGGCGCUGGAAAGUCCCGUCUCUCGAUCGAUUUGUCCGCUCAUUUUCCUCGCUCUCAAAUUAUAAACUCCGACAAAAUGCAGCUUUACAACGGGUUGGAUAUAACGACGAACAAAAUUUCUAUAAAAGAGAGGAAAGGUGUUCCGCACUUCCUGCUGGGGGACUUAGACAAAAUCGACGACGACGUCGAGCCGUCUCAUUUCCGUUCUAUGGCGGCUUUCGCAAUUGCUGAGAUUGCUUCCCGUGGGGACCUGCCGGUUGUCGUUGGCGGAUCCAACUCAUUCAUCCAUGCUCUCCUUGUGGACACCUUUGACCCCGAAGUGGACGUGUUUGCAGCCGGGUUGGGCUCAGUGAGUCACGCGUUGAGAUACGACUGUUGUUUUAUUUGGGUUGACGUGGCCUGCUCGGUUCUGCGCGACUACCUAAGCCAACGAGUAGACGAAAUGCUCGACUCGGGGAUGUUGGAAGAGUUGGGUCAGUUCUACGACCCGGCAAAACAAGGUAUCCGUAUUGGGUUAAGAAAAGCAAUCGGAGUUCCCGAAUUCGACAAAUAUUUCACCAAGUUCCCUCCACGGGAAACCGUAGAAAAGGAGUUAGUUCCGCCGUUAAGCAGCUCAGAUACGGCGAGGAGGACGGCGUACGAGGAAGCCGUGAGAGACAUUAAAGACAACACAUAUUGGUUGGCCAAGAGACAGAUAGGGAAGAUCAUGAAGCUAAGAGAGGCGGGGUGGGAUCUUACUAGAAUCGACGCCACGGCGGCGUUUAGAGCGGUGACGAUGAAGAAAAACAAGUCAUAUUCCCGGGAUGUGUGGGAGAGGGAAGUGGUGGGACCAAGCGUUAAAGUUGUUAAGAAAUUUUUAAACGAGUAG